GAGCAGGGGCCCGAGCUAAGCUGCUGGAAGCAGAGCUGCAGCCCCAAAGCCAGAGCACAGCCCAAAGAGAGCAGACCUGCCCUGGGAACAGAGCUGUAGCAACCAGAGCCAGAGGGGCCAGACAAGCAGCCAGGGAGCAGGUCAGAGCUGGGAGCAGAGUCACAGAAGCAGCCUGCAGAGCAGAGCUGUGCUGGGGGCAGAGCUGCAGCAACCAGAGCCAGAGAGGCCAGAGAAGCAGCCCAGGGAGCUGAAGGCAGAGCAGCAGCAGCAGCCGUGCUGAGGCAGAGUGGAGCUGGAGCUGGGGCUGGAGCAGUCCGGAGCUGGAGCUGAGGCUGGAGCAGUCCGGGGCUGGGGCAGUCCGGAGCCGUGUGCAGUCCGAGUGCGGUGAGCAGCUGGGGAGAGUGAGGGGGACCCUGGGCAGUGGGCCCAGCACAGGGAGACGCCUCAGCCAAGAGGCCUUGCAGGCCAGACUUGCAGGGGGAUCAUAACCCCGACCGGGCGGGGGCGACGCUGGGAAAAAGGGUCCUGCCACCUAGAGCCUGAGAGCGUGUGGCCACCGCCAGAGCAAGUGUCCAAUCCACAGCGUCUCUGCAGCACGGCCAGGGCCUGAGAAGCAGGCCUGGGACCUACAAGGAACAGACUGAACUGCCCUGACGUUCCAGAGACACUGGUUGUAAUGUUCCCUGCCACAGAGCAAGUUCUAGAUCUCACUCUGGCCUCUCGGAGACAGCAUACAAAUUCAUCUACACAUUGUCCUGGAGGCCAGCAAGGACUAUUAGAUCAUCUAGCGUAACACGGGCGAGUGGAGCGAGUUCCCUUCCCUACUAUGAGCGUGACGGUGACUUGUGGUUGAACUGGAGUGUGAGUGAAAUCCUACCCCCAUUGAGGUAAUUUGGAAAACUCCCAUUGACUUUGUGGGGCCCAGAAUGUCACUUUUGUGUAAGCGCAGUGGAGUGUUUCAUGGCACAUUUGCAUAUGAUGGCCCCUGUCAAGACCAAGUAAAACUGAGGAGCAACAGCUGAGUCUGAAGGAGCAACAUCUGGCGAGCCAGUCGGUAGGGAGAUGACCUGGGGGCAAAUUUGCUCGUGAGGGAAUGACCCAAACAAGGAACCUGCUUGGAGACCCAUUUGGGAAGAUUGUGAUCACCCCACAAACGGGUUGUAACCCAGUCUGUGUGAUUGCAUCAUGUGACUGCUCCAAGUUCUAAGGUUCCCUGCUGGAAGCUGAAGGUGCUCCCAUACAUCACGACGAUCUUCGGUGGCUUGACCCGUGGGAAGAUGGUUCUGGUGCAGGGCGUGGUCUUUGCAGAGGCCGAAAGGUUCCAGGUGGAUUUCCAGUGUGGCUGUAGUGUGAUGCCCCGGCCAGACAUUGCCAUCCACUUCAAUCCCCGCUUCCGCUCCCGGCCUCAUGUAAUCUGCAACACCCUGCAGAACGGGCGCUGGCUGGAGGAGACCAAGUUCCCCCACCUCCCUCUCAAGAGGGGAGAGGCCUUCCAGCUGCUCUUCCUCUUUGGGCAGGAUGAGGUGCAGGUAAGUGUGAAUGGGCAGCACUUCCUCCAGUACCGCUCCCGCCUGCCCCUGGCCCGAGUGGACACCGUAGGGGUGUUUGGCGACAUCAUGGUGAAGAGCAUGGCCUUCCUGCGCAGCAAUCCCUUUGACGCCAGCCGAACUGAGUACCCUGUUGCUCAUCCAAUGCAGCUAAACAGCUCCAAGCUGGCUGUGCCAUACUGCCACCCGCUCCCCCGUGGACUUGCAUCAAGAGACACCAUUAUAGUGAGAGGACUGGUUUGCCCAGUGCCAGAGGGAUUCAGCCUCAGCCUGAGGGAAGACCCGUCCCAUGUGCCCCUAAGACUCAGCACCUGCUUCAGAACCAGAGCCCUGAUGUGGAGCUCCUUCCCAGAUGGGGCCCUGAGCCACACAGAGAAAGUGGCAGCCUGCUUCCCCUUUCAUCCCCAGCGCUUCUUUGAGUUGCUGCUUGUCUGUGAGGAGGGGAGUUUCAAACUGGCACUCAACGGGAUCCCCCUGGGACAGUAUGACACGCCUUGGCUCUCCUGGGACCGGAUCACAGAGCUGUGGAUAGAGGGUGACGUCACACUCUACAGUGUCCUCUCCUGACCCCUUCACUGCCAGGAGUCUUGUGGGCUCUGCUCAGACUGCAUGGACUGGACUGGGCCCUGUGUGUUUGAAGGAACUAUUGCAUGGGGUGGUGGGGCUGCCCCAGUGAGAUAAUCCAGUCUUCCUUCUGACUGAUUCUCCACUUACCUGAACCCCCAUGGACUGGGCUGGCUAGAAGAUUACAGUGAAUGCUAAGGAAUGGACCUUUCCUUGCACAGGGUGGCAGAAGCAGGUAAGCAUGGGGCAGUUCUAGAGGCAUCCUCCAGUGCCCUCCUGAGUGGCACAAAAUGGUGACGGGACUCUUCCUUGCGUGGAGUGACAGGUUCCAGCACUGGGCAUGCACCCAGUAGUUCUAGUGGGACUAACUGGUUCUCUCCAACUGCCAUAUGGCUUGAUCUAAAGGGCAAUGUCUCUGGACACCAGCUCUCCCUUGACAUGUAUAUUUGCUCUUCAUCAAGGUUAGUUUGUUUGCUAUUUUAAUUGUAAUAAAGUCCCUUUU